AUGGCUAGGGGGGUCCCUGCUGCUGUCACCCCAAAAAGAGCUGGGAUCGGGUCUGGGGGGUCCCCACUGCUCCCACCCCAAAAAGAGACGAGAUUAGGGGGGGUCCAGCCGGGAUUAGGGGGGGUCCCCAUUGUUCCCACCCCAAAAAGAACUGAGAUUAGGGGGGUCCCCAUUGUUCCCACCCCAAAAAGAGCUGAGAUUAGGGGGGUCCCCAUUGUUCCCACCCCAAAAAGAGCCGGGACUGGGUCUGGGGGGUCCCUGCUGCUCCCACCCCUAAAGGACCCAAAAAGGAACUAA